CGACCGGUGCGCCAUCAGCUGCUUUUUAUACCUCUCCGUCGCCCUAGCGUGUCCCUUAGCCCGUUUCCUUACCAGGUGCAGCACUACGCACUACACCGCACCACACCACAACCCACAACCUACACCCACACCAGCUUGCACAACACCAACAUUGUGGAACCUCCUCUGCACCCUCCUCAAGCUCUCACCGUUGCGAGUCGGAAAGCUUGUCAUACACGACACCGACGCCAUGUCGACGUCGACGUCGCUGUCGCGGUUCCGGAAAUGGCUGCUCGCCUCUCCGCCAAUCGAGUUCGCCAUCAGCCAAGUCCGCGACUUGCUGGUGGGAGCCCUCCGCCAGGGGCCCAUGCCACAGCACAUCGCCUUUGUCAUGGACGGGAACCGGAGGUUUGCCCGAUCGCACGGGAUCGAGACCGUGGAGGGACAUAACCUGGGGUUUGAGGCCUUGGCCAGGAUCCUCGAAGUGUGCUACAAGAGCGGCGUCAAAGUAGUCACGAUCUACGCCUUCAGCAUCGAGAACUUCAAGCGGUCCAAAUUCGAAGUCGACGCCCUGAUGGAAAUGGCGCGGGUCAAGCUCUCCCAGAUGGCGCAGCACGGCGAGAUCCUCGAUCGGUACGGAGCCAAGGUCCGGGUCCUGGGGCGACUGGACCUCCUGCGUCCGGACGUGCUCGCGGCCGUCAACCGCGCCGUCGACAUGACCAGCAAGAACGGCGACUGCAUCCUGAACAUCUGCUUCCCGUAUACGUCGCGCGACGAGAUCACUUCCGCCAUCCGCGACACCGUGGCCGAUUACAGCGCGCCUCUCUCCUCCACCCGCUCGUCCAGCGGCUCCCCCCGAACCCCCUUCUGCGAGACACACAUCACGCAGAACAUCCGCGCCCAGGCGCUGAACACCACGAAUAUAAAGACCGAAGACCUCCCCAGCGACACCGAAACCGCCUCCGCCUCAUCCGGCGAAGGCGGCGGUCCCAAGCCCACCCCCAACCACGUCUACGAGAACGGCUCCUCCUUCUCCUCCUCCUCCACCCUCCACCUCCCCGGCCAACAAGAAAACAACUCCAACAAACCCCCCGCCGCCUCCGAAACCCCCGGAUCGGACAGCAGUCCCAGAAAAGAACCCCCCAUCUUCCUGUCCCCCGAGUCCAUCACGCGCCAAACCCUCGACGCGCACCUCUUCACGCGCGACAACCCCCCGCUCGACCUGCUCGUGCGCACGUCCGGCGUCGAGCGUCUCAGCGACUUCAUGCUCUGGCAAUGCCACGAGGAGACUGAGAUCGUCUUCCUUGAUAUCCUCUGGCCCGACUUCGAUCUCUGGCACUUCCUUCCCGUCCUGAUAGGCUGGCAGCGCCGCAUCUCCAAGUCGAAGAAGAACCCCGAUGCGGAGGGGAAUUUCGAUGGUGGGCCUGGUGUCUCGGAUUUCCCGGAGGAUGAGGACGUUGUCGUUGAGAAGGUUAAGGAUCUAUAGUUGUAUCAUCUUUGUCAUUCAUCGUUAAACUUUUUCCCUUUCUAUUUUUUUUUUUUUUCAUCAUUUCUUUUAUACUCUCCUUCCUUCUAUCUCGCGGAUCGAUCAACCCGGGACAGGACAGGACGGGACAGAACGGGACUUUUGGGUUCCUACGCUCAUACACUCAUACACCCACAUUCAGGAGUUUGGAGU